AUGGGGAAUAGAAACAGUACAUCUACUGAGGCAAAAGGAGGAGUAAAUGCUCAGACGACAGCAUCAACCUCAUCCUCAACGCCGUCACCAAAUGUAAAAAAUGAGAAAGAUGAAUUAGCUCAUUAUCGUGAAUUUCGCGAUCAGUUGCUUAGUUUCUCACUUGGAGAGAGUGCAUUCGAUUAUGCAGAGCGACUAUUCGAAAAAAAUCCAUCUAAUCCGGAAGUUAUGGCUCUUCUUGCAGAGACAACGGUUCUCUAUGAUAAAAACAAGAACAAGGUUGCCAGAGAUCAUUGGUGUGAUCGUCUAGACCUUUUACAACGUGGUGUUGAUGUUAGUAGGAAGUGUAUUAAUGAAAACCCAGAGUAUGGUCCAUGCUAUAGAGCUUACGUGUUAUGUGCAACGCGUGAGUCAGAAGCACUUUACUACAUGAAGACUUUUACGGGUGUGGGAUUAUUGGAAAAUUACAAUGCCAUUAUGCGACGUGGAGAAAAGGGAAUGGAAUUAUUACCGAGAGAUCCGGAUAUGCCGAAUGCCCUCGGUGCACUUUGUGGUCGAUGUGCAUAUAAAUGGUAUGAUCCUACACGAUUGUAUGCCAUGUGGUGUGGAGUGCCGGGAUGGAAGGCACUGUGGGCAAAGAGUAUUGAAUUACAUAAGAAGGCUGUUGAGAAUGACCCAAAGAGUUUGGAAUACGCAUGCCGACUCGCACAGGCGUAUUAUCACAGUGGAGAUCUUCAAAAUGCACGUCGAUGGUAUGGAAAAGUACGAGAUGAAAUGCCACCCCAAGAUCUUAAGGAUGAACGCUGGCAAUCUUUGGCACAUACCGAACUCUCUACAGCAUUUUCAAAGGGAAGUUGGAAUGUCCCUUUUGGAUAG